AUGAGUUCAUCGACGGCUUUGCGUGAUUUGCAGAGAGAUAUUGAGAAUAAAGCCAACGAUCUCGGAAAAAUCCAGAAAGGCAAAUAUAGCGAAGAAUCAUCAGAUAAGGAAGAAGAGUUGGAUUUGCUUGAAGAAGAUGCAAACGUUUACAAAAUGAUUGGUCCUGUGCUAGUGAAGCAGGAUUUGGCAGAAGCAAAUGCAAAUGUUCGCAAAAGAAUCGAGUACAUUUCUGCUGAAUUGAAACGGCUCGAUGCAAUUCUUCAAGAUAUGGAAGAAAAACAAAUCAGCAAGAGAGAUGCGAUAGUGAAGUUACAACAAAGGGUACAAUCUAUCCAAGCAGGAAACGCAAAGGCUUGA